GACAUCCAAAGUUCAAGGUUGAUUGCAAAAAUGGCAACAUGACUUUGGUUAUAAAGUCCCAAAAGUUUAUCAUCCUUGACUUAAAUCAGUCUUCUCAACUCUUAACUAUUGCAAGAGCUGAUUUGUAUUCUCCUCAUACUAUCCCCUCAUGUACCUUAAAAUAUACCAAUGUAGAAGUAGAUUUACAGUUCUUUGACUACACCUUCAAGGACUUGAGUUAUACUCUACUGUCUGAAUGUGUUCUAGGUGAAAUCUCUUACCCUUUAAUUUCAAAAAUCAAUCUAAAAAUCUCCGAACAAACUGCUUGCGUCAAAGAUGGUAAGUUUCAAAUUUCAUAUUUAGUUUUAAGUAGUAGAGUUCAAGACUACACCUUCCUAUACUGCACAAAAAACAUAACUGUUAUUGGACUCAACACCUCAGUCACCAAUAACAAUCUUACUUUAGAACAAGGAUUUGAGGUUAGAUGGAGGGGUAUAGGACAAGACAGGUGCGAUCAUUGCAUUAGAUCCGGUGAGAGAUGUGGAUACAACACUUCACAAAAUGCAGUUGUUUGUAUCUCUACAAAGAAAGCUAUGGCACCAUCAGCUCUAAUAGCACCAACUUCAAAUGGAACAUGGAAGUGGAAGAGGAUCCUCAUUAUUGGAGUUAUAUCCAUUGUGAUAGCAGCAUUCAUUGUCAUCACAUUCAUGUACUAUUAUCGGCGGCUCAAUCAUAAUAGUACUACAGAGUCUCAUAUACACUCUACCAACCUCUCCAUACAUGGUAGUCAACGCAUCACCAGAAGUCAAAACUUUGGAGUUCAACACUUUGUUUACCAUGAUCUUGAACUAGCCACAAACUCCUUUAGUAUUGAUAACAGAAUAGGAGAUGGAGGCAGCGGAGCCUGUGUAUCAUGGUAAAAGCUAGCAUGUUUUGUGGUCAAAAUAUAAUCGUUAUGGUCAAUAAUCAUUGUAGUCAGGGAUCUCGUUCAUUGGUCAUGAUCGAACG